UCCCUUUAAGGUUUUUGACUUAAACAGCAUCUGACACCAACAACUAACUUACUAAAUAAAUAUAGAUAUAUUAGUCAGGAAGCACAUAAAACCUCAUGAACAUUCAUGUGUGUGAAGUAGAUAAUGUUCCUCUCACAUUCACACAUGUACAGCAUGUUACUCAUUUUAUUUCAUCACGGCACUGAUAUUUAGGGAGUAAAUAUAGGGAAGUGUCCAUAUUUAACUGUAGGGAAGACUCAUCAUCUCAAACUUAGUCCAGAGUGGGCUGUGGGCAGGUACUGAAACUUAGAAAAUACUUGCCUGGAGCACAAACGCAGACUAUUUCUCGAGAGACAAACUUCCACCCUUCCUACAGGAUUCUGUAUAAUUAGGUCUGGUAGUAUGGUGCAGCAUCUCUCUGUCACUCUCUCUCUUCCCUCCCUUUCCUAUUCUCUCUCCCAUCCUCUUCAUCUGGGACUUCCUUGACAAGUAGAGCAUGACUCUUGUUCCACUUGCCUUGCGCUGAGUUGUUAAUCUUCAUACCGUGCAUCCCCCUCUGAUCUGAGAUCUGUGAGGCGAUUCCACUUCCCCGGGGUCCCUCAACAAUCCACAGGGAUCAUCGACAGGCCACUGAUCUGGGAUCAGGACUUUUCUUCAGGCGGGCUGCAGGGCACUCACAGCGGGGGUGAGAGAGCUCGAGGGUCGAGCGAGGCACAGAAAGAGAGAACGGGCUCAACUUAGUGACAGUAUGGAAAUGGAGAGGCUGGGGAGAGUAGGAACCAAACCAGGCGUGGGACUCAACGCUCUUCUGAAAGCCGCCCUGGCAGUGUGUGUGUGCAUUUGUCUGGCACUGCUUAUAGCAGUCAUUACACUGUCACACAAAACAAGCAAUGAAGAAUUCUGCCUUACCCCACAUUGCAUCGAAGCAGCUGGCUCUAUUCUUAAUAAAAUGGACCAAUCAGUAGAACCAUGCAAUGACUUUUACCAGUACGCAUGCGGAGGCUGGCUGAGGGAAAACCCUGUUCCGGAAGAUUCAUCCAGCUAUGGGAUUUACCCCUGGCUCAGACAGAAUGUAGACCUCAAGCUAAAAGCAUUGUUGGAAGAACCCAUUGGAGAUAAAGACAUUGAAGCGGUGAAGAAGGCCAAGGUCCUCUACACAUCCUGCAUGAAUGAAACUGCGCUUGAGAUUGAAGAUGCGAAACCUCUACUGAAGAAUCUAAAGCAGAAGGAAUUCCGUUGGCCGGUUCUUGGAGGUGCGUUGGGCUCUUCCUCGCAGUGGGUGGAGUCUCAGUUUAAUCUGCUGGACACACUAACUGAGAUACGCAGCCAACACAGCAAAUCCGUCCUCAUACGCCUCUUCGUUUCUCCUGAUGACAAGAACUCAAUCCAGCACAUCAUCAAGCUGGAUCAGGCAUCCUUGGCACUGUCGUCUAGAGAGGAUUACAUCACCAACACGACAGAAGCCCAAAUGUAUCGAGAAGCUCUUCUGAGGCUCAUGGUGGAUGUUUCGGUCAUGUUGGGAGCCAGUGAGCAGGCCGCAGAGGCUCAGAUGAAAUCGGUGCUUGACUUUGAGAUGAAACUUGCUCAGAUACUGAUCCCCUUUGAAAACCGCACCAGUGAGAGCAUGUACAACAGGUACAGUUUGUCUAAACUGCAGCGCUCUAUUCCGGAGUUUAACUGGCUGGGUUUUGUCAGAGCAGUGAUUGACCCUGAGCUUUAUCCAGACCUGAAAAUCUCCUCUUCGGAGCAGGUGAUCGUACGUUCCCCUCAGUACUUUAAAGACCUCUUCAAACUCAUCAACGCCACCGAAACCAGGACGGUUGCCAAUUACGUUAUAUGGAGAUCAGUUUUCUCCCGAGUCACCACCCUUAGCCGACGCUUCCUCUACAGAUACCUGGACUUCGCUCGGGUGACCACAGGAACCACUUCUCUGAUCCCACGCUGGGACAAGUGUGUGAAUUAUGUAGAAAACACGAUCAUAUACGCCACCGGUAGAAUCUUUGUCGAUAAGCAUUUUCAGGAGGAUAAGAAACACAUGAUGGAGGAAUUAAUAGAUGGUAUCCGGUGGGCGUUUAUCAACAUGCUGGAAAAGGAGAAUGACUGGAUGGAUGCAGAAACAAAGGCAAAAGCAACAGACAAGGCUCAUGCAGUCCUGGCCAAAGUGGGCUACCCAGAGUUUAUCCUGAACGACACUUAUAUCAAUGAGGACAUCAAACGAUUGUCAUUCAUUGAGAAGGAUUACUUUGGGAAUGUCAUGCAGACACUUAGGUUUGUAGCUCAGGCUGACAUCGGCUGGUUGAGGAAAACAGUCCAACGCACAGAGUGGUUUACCAACCCAACCACAGUGAAUGCAUUUUACAGCUCCUCUACUAACCAGAUUCGAUUCCCUGCAGGGGAACUUCAAAAGCCAUUUUUCUGGGGACUAGACUACCCUCGAUCCUUAAGUUACGGAGCAAUUGGUGUUAUUGUUGGACAUGAAUUGACUCACGGUUUUGAUAACAAUGGCAGGAAGUACGACAAAGACGGAAACCUCGACCAGUGGUGGAGCAACACAUCAAUUACCCGCUUCACUGAAAAGGCACAAUGCAUGAUUGACCAAUACAACAAUUAUACCUGGGAGGAGGCGGGGCUAAAUGUCAGGGGCAAGAGGACUCUGGGAGAAAAUAUUGCUGACAACGGAGGGAUAAGAGAAUCGUUUAGGGCAUACAGGAGAUGGAUUGAAAAAGAGAGAUCGGGAGUUGAAGAACCUCUUCUGCCUGGACUGGGUCUGACCAAUAAUCAGCUCUUUUUCCUCAGUUACGCUCAUGUUCGUUGCAAUUCCUACAGACCAGAAGCAGCUCGAGAUCAGGUCCAGAGUGGAGUUCACAGUCCUCCUAAAUACAGGGUUGUCGGGGCGAUGAGCAACUACGAGGAGUUCCGUAAAGCUUUUGACUGCCCUGAGAAUUCAGACAUGAACAGGGGGGCGAAGUCUUGUCGAGUAUGGUAAACCUGGACACUGUGAAGAUUUCAGUCAAUGCACUGACGCCUGAUGUCGUCCUGGUUUCUGUAUAGAAACAGCAGUUACUAACACUGAACUCUCAGGCUGUGCUGAGCGCACGGCCCAUCAUCAGCCACUGGACUACUACAGACCACAUACAUGUUUUGCGUUUAAUCUACAUUUUUUUGUCUUACCUCAGUUAUAAUGUGCAAAUGGCAAAAACUGACCACAUGAAUUCCGAUGAGGCCUAGCUUUGCUUUCGACGCUGUUUUUCUCACAAUCAAACUCACUGCUUUACAAGAGAGGUAAAUUAUUGUCAGUGUUGUUGUGGAUAAUACUGUUUUACUUUUUUUAACUUGAUUUUGUUUUUAUGAAUAACUGCUGUCUUUAAAGUAAGAUUUUUAGUUUUUUCCUCUGUGUUGUUGUUUUUUUCCCUCCACACAUACAGAAGUACAUACAAUUUCACGUUUUACGUGUUAAAAUGUGCUUCUAAAGCCCUAGUGUGACCAAAAAUAAUUAUUUUGCAGUUAACUAUUCAAACAGAUGUUUUUCCUCUUCUGUAUGUUUGUAUUAAAAUACUAAGUUUGGGUAUUUUUGUUCUGUUUUGCUAAAAAGUAAAUUUUAGCACAAGACCUUAAAGGAGCAAUGUGGAGUUUUAGCGGCAUCUAGUGGUGAGAUUGCGAAUUGCAACCAACGGCUUACUCCACCCCCCCUCUUUCAAAGCACUAUGGCAACUCAGGACAAACAUGUCAGCACAUUUUUGCUUCUUUUCCAAAGGAGAUAAUGUAUUUACGAAACGCGCUAUGUAGAGCAGUUUGUCCGUUUAGGGCUACCGUAGAUACAACAUGGUGAAUUCAAUGCAAGGGGACCUGCGGCGUAUACAGAUAAAAAUAGCUCAUUCUAAGGUAAUAAAAAUAACGCUUCUUUAUGUAAGGUCUUUAUACACCUCUGAAAACAUAGUUAUGUAUAUUAUAUUGCAUUUCUGUCAAUAGAUCUUCCAUAAAAUUACACACUGGUGUUACUUCCCAGAGACGUUCUACGUUCAUUUAACCCUGUGGGGGCGUGUUUGUUUUUGCUACCAUGUGCUUUUGUUGUGUUUUUGUCUCUCUCUCUCUCUUUGCUUGCCUGCAGCCCAGAUUGCUGUCACCUGAUGCUCAUGCUGAGUAGGGCACAACUAUGCUUUAAAAGAAGAGGCAGAAACACUGGCACAGAGAGUUGCCUCGCCUCUGCAUCAGACCUUACUUGUUCCUCGACUUGAUUUAAGUGUUGAUUGUUUGUGUUCAAUAGUGGUGGCGAGAUGAAGCCUCAAGAAGCUUUGAAGCUUUUUAGCCAAGUGGUUCACAAAAGUGUUCAUUUCUCGAGGCUUCAUUUGCUCACAAUACCAUCUGGUGGCCGAUGAGUGUAAAACAAGCAGAUGCAGUACUACAGAUGUGCCUGAUGUGGUCUGUGAUACACUGUAUUUUGCGCCAGUUAAGGCUUAGAAAUAACGGUGAAGAAAAUAUCAAUUUCCACAUAGACUAAUCUAUUUAUAUGAACAUAAUGCGUGUUUUCUGGUGGUAAAUAAUGAUUGUAUAACAACUGUGUAAUAAACGUAUUGGCUUGAAAUGAAUGGGGCUAUCAAAUGUGUGUAAAUAAAUGAUUUGGUCAUAAUUGGUAGAAGGGGCAAUAUUAUUAUUAUCAUAAAACUGAAAAGUGUCAGGGUUUAACUGGGCAGAGGGCAGUGAAUAGGGUUAAAUAGGGUUGUCACGGUACCAUAAACAUAUCUUACGAUACUAUACUAUACCUUAUGAACUAUCAUGAUACCAAGUACUGUAGUAUUGCGAUGCUGUGUCAUGUUCGUAAUUAAAAUCUACAAAAAAGAUUCCUUAAUACACAGAUCUGAAUGAAACAUGUUGUAUUUAGUGAACUGUAUUAU